AAGGUGUAGAGCUGGUCCAGUGUUCCACGACCAGGACGAAAACCACACUGCUCUUCCUGACUUACUUCCUGCUCUAACUGACCCUUAUUUUAAUUUUUAGUUUUUUUUCUUAGUUGUAACAAAUUAUAUUUUUAAGCACAUAAUUUAUGGUUAACCCAGUUCGUCCUCCUAAUCAUAUUUAGAACAUGCUCGUUUCUUUAACACACUUAUCUCAUGCCUAUCAAUCAUUCAAAUAUGUAAUAGCAUCUAAGAUGAACCAGUCUUGUUUACAUAGCAGUUGUACACUUCUAAUAUUCAAAUUCAAAUUGUAAUCAUGGAUUUCUUCAUAGUUUUCUUUUCCCUUGUUGAAUCUAAAACAUUUAAGGAUAACAUUCUCUUAAAGGCAGAAAAUAAUAUUCUGUUUCCUAACAUGUUGCCUCCUAGAGAGCUUUUAGCCAAAUCUUAACAUAUAGAGCCACAGAAUGACACAAAUGUUCCAUAAAUUAUAAAACAAUUUGCAAGUGGCAGCUGCAGGUGGCAGCAUCUAUACGCUGCAAAGUCCAGGGACUGAUGUGACAGCCAGCUCUUUCAGAAACAUGGAAACAAAUAUAGCAUCCACGUUUGCAGAACAUGAGAGAUGCACUUUACAUCUCACACGCUCCACACACAACAUGCAGAAAAACUCUGCACCAACAGGCUGGUCUGGUGGCGUGGAGGCCUCACGAUUUGCUCUUGUUUUGGAGCAAGGACGUGGACACCUGCCAGUCACCGAGGAGACUGUUAACACCUCUCUGCACCGAUGUAUUUUGGUGUCUGAGCCGACAGCUGGAGCUUGCUCAAAGUUGAGUCACUCAGCAGUGCAAUUAUUGCAAACCCAGCAGCAAAUCUAGAACAAAAUGAUAAAAAUAAUUUUAAAAAUCCAUGUUUUCUGUCAAACUGAAGACUGUACUUUAGUUAUUCCUGCUCCGUUCAGCGUUCUUAAGACUGUAAGACAUUUGUUAUUAACUAUGCAAGAAACUAAUGGCUCAAUAUGAGGAAUCGCUCAUUAUGCUACAGGUGCAUUUCAGUAAAUUAUGAUUUUAUCAAAAACAAUUUCCAUAAGUGAAAAUCAUUUAUAAAGACUCACUUUGCACAGAUUGUUUUUUAAUGUUGAUGUUACAGUCAGUUAAAACCGUUUAUUUCAGAAAAUGUUAUUCAGAAAACCAAAAACAUUCAUAAAUACAUAAAUUUUGUGACCACUUAAUAGCUUAUGCAAUGAUGAUGCAAUCAUCAUUGUCACAACUGCAUUCAAUCAUAUUAAUGGAAAGUUGAAUGGAAGGAAACAAUGUGCACAAAGCAGCAAGUAUUUUUAGAUCCUUGAGAGGAUUGUGAAGCAAAGGCCAUUUUGUGCAUGCAAGAGUAUUUAGCCAACAACACUGACAUACUUUUAGUACAAUGGUAUUUGUUUACAUGGUUAUUUUUUUUUUUGCGGAGAAACUGAAGUUUGAGUUUUAUGUAAGUCAUGAUCAUCAAAACCCAUUUGAGUGAAAGAAAGAAAGAAUGUGUCACCGUCCAAUGAAUCCUGAAAAUAAAUGAGACUCAGGUCACUGUUUUAUGAUUUUAUUACAAAAAGCAUUUCAAUUCAACUAGGUACGACUUUAUAUGAUCAAAAUAAAGAAGACAAAAUAAGGAUUAGGAUUUAAUAGAUUUUAAAAAACCCAUAUCAGCUUCCCUGUAGCGCCUUACUUCAGUAGAGGAAGGCAGUAGCGCCCCUCUGUGGUUGGUAAAUUAAGUGCAGUAGAAAAUGCAGGAAAGUGAAUUCAGAGGUUUAUUUCUUUUUUUGUUUUGUUUCAACCUUAAAUAACCACAAGCAACACACAUACUGAAUUUAAAAAAAACCAAAACAACAACUUUACCGAGUUUAUAUAUUUGUACCAUAAAUUUAUUAUAAAGAUCCGAAUAGAUGAGACAACACUUUAGUUGUCUUUGUAGAGAGAACAUUGAGGGAGAGAAUAUUAUAGCCUCUCUGAUCAAGAGUCCUCAUCUGAUAACCCCCAACGACUCAAAAUUAGCCAGCUGAACAAUGAAGAAGUGAGAAUGAUUAUCAUGCACCAGCUAUGGUUUCAGAGUGGGUGUUAGUUUUAUUCUGGGUUCACUUCCUGGUGAGUUUCUUUUUCUUUGAAAGAGAUCAAAGAUGUGGAGCUUUCAGAAACUGUUCUUCACUCUGUGCUCCGCUCUGAGCUGUGUGCGCAGCGCUGCAGGUUUGAUCCGUGUGUUUGGAUAUGAAGGUAUACGCGUGAAUAUUUCCUGCUCAUAUCCUCAGGGUUAUGAGACUUAUGAAAAGUACCUGUGUAGGAACGACUGCGCGGACAGCGACGUCCUUAUUACAACAUUACAAACAAAUAAACACAGACACUCCAUCUAUGAUGACAAAAGUACAAGAAUCUUCACAACAACAAUUUCUAACCUUCAGUCAGCCGACGCUGGGAAAUAUUGGUGUGGAGUGUCAAGGAAUGGAAAAGAUCUUUACACCGAGUUAAAACUAGAAACAAAACAAGACAGUUGCUGCAGCACGGUGAACAACAUCCAAGGUAACGAAGGCGGCUCAGUGACCAUCAGCUGUCCGUACGACUCUGAGUCUGACGACAAGCUGAAGUUCCUCUGCAGAGGAAACCGGCCCUCCACAUGUCGACAGCAGGCAGUGAUCACCUCUAACAACACACAAAAUGGACGAUUCAGACUCUCUGAUGACAGGAAGUCAAGAAUAUUCACAGUGACCAUUUCCAGUCUGACCCUGAAGGAUUCUGGGUCGUAUCUUUGUGGAGUCCAGAGAAACUCAGGAUUUGAUGUUUUCUCUGCUGUUGAGCUGGAGGUCAAAGAAAAAGGAGAACAAAAUGCAAGUGGAGAAAAAAAGCUUGAGGAUCUGCCACCAAGCCUCACGACAGAAGUGUAUGAGCACCAGAGCAGCACAGUGAAAACUAUCAUUACUACCACACCACCAGCAUCAGAGGAACAGGCUAAAGGGCAUUAUCAUCCAAGCACCACAAUGAAAACUACAACACCACUGGUUUCUGAGGAACUGACUGGAGGUCCUCUAUCACCUAUGAGCAGCGCUGCAGGUUCGAUCCAGGUGUUUGGAUAUGAGGGCGGAGACGUGAACGUUUCCUGCCCCUACGAUCGGGGAUUCGAGGGUCGUCAGAAAUACCUGUGCAACAACGACUGUCGUUACGCUGAUGUUCUUAUAACAACAUCACAAGGAAGUAGUGGAAAAUACUCCAUUCACGAUGAUAAAACAACCAGAGUCUUCACAGUAAUCAUCUCUGACCUUCAUCUUGGUGACGCUGGGAAAUACUGGUGUGGAGUGACAAUAAUAGGAAGAGAUAUCAACACUGAAAGAAAGCUGGAAGUAAAACCAGACAGAUGCUGCGACAAAGUGAAUAAAAUCCAAAGUAUUGAGGAAGGUUCAGUGACCAUCAGCUGUCCGUACGACUCUGAGUCUGUCGACAAGCUGAAGUUCCUCUGCAGAGGAAACCGGCCUUCCACAUGUCGACAGCAGGCAGUGAUCACCUCUAGCAACACACAAAAUGGACGAUUCAGACUCUCUGAUGACAGGAAGUCAAGAAUAUUCACAGUGACCAUUUCCAGUCUGACCCUGAAGGAUUCUGGGUCGUAUCUUUGUGGAGUCCAGAGAAACUCAGGAUUUGAUGAUUUAUCUGCUGUUGAGCUAGAGGUCAAAGAGUGGUGCUGUGUGGAGUCAAAGGACAUGAGUGGGAUUGUGGGUCAUGCUGUAACCUUCCAGUGUCCUUAUCCACGUCAUCAUCGUAACAAUAUGAUGUUCCUCUGCAAAGGAGACCAGCGCAGAAACUGCACAUACAUCACUUAUCAAGGCAGCUUCACACUGCAUAAUGUUAAUGCCACCUUUUUUUCUGUGGUGAUCACAAAACUUAAAGCAGAGGAUUCUGGGACAUACUGGUGUAGAUCAGACCCCGAGUGGAGUGUUGGAAACUACACCCAGUUUCAUCUGACUGUGGAAGAAGAAGAACAGCGUGGUGUGUCAAAGGAGUCCAUAAUAGAAGCUCUGUGCUGGCUUUUCGCUGCACUCCCAGUUCUGCUGCUGAUACUGAUAAUCAUCCUGGUCAAAGUUUGCAAGCCCAAACGUCGCCAGUUGAAAGUUGAAGCAGCAGUCGACAUGAACACAAGCAAACUGGAGGCAGCAGAUGCACAAGAUGUAACGAGUGGGGAAGAUCUUUACCAAAAUUAUGACGAUCCUGCAAUUCGCUCACAGCAGAAGGCCUGCAAAGAGCAGAGGUCUGUUCAGUUCUUUGAAGACUAUGAAGAUGAAGCUCAAUAUGGAAACAUUUCAACAACUGAGGAUAUUUACCGCAAUGAGUUCUUUUUAAAAACUCAGAGAUAAAGAGUGAGCCAAAUGUUGGGUCUGACCUACAUGUGAAUAACUGUAUUUGUGUGAGGCUGAAGCUUUUCAUUGAGUUCCUAAAAGUCUUUAUUCAUGUUACAUCAUCAUCAUCUUAGAGCUGCUGGUAGUGACAACUUUCAUGAGCUUUAAAAUUCUGCUUUUCCAUUACUUCAUACUAAUAAAACUGCAGCUUUGUAUUCUUAUAAACCAAAUUUUAAAGAAAUAAACGACUAGUCAAAAGAAAUAAACGACUAGUGUUGUGA